AUUGGGGAAGUCGGCUCUUACUCGGUGACGUCUCCAUUGCCGGAGACCCUGGUUGUGCUGCCGCCCCUCCCCCCUCCCCUUGCUUACCCCUUCCGGGCCGUGCUGCAACCCCGCCUUUCCCCCCACUUCCCCGGCGGCCUCGGGCCUGACGUCAGCCCUGCAUCCCCCAGGCCUAGGGCCAGCGGCCAGGAGCUGCCUCCCCCAGCCCCCGUCCCGCGGCCCCCAGCCGCCCCCAACCCCGCCCCACGGGCCCGGCGCCAUGAGUGAGCUGGAGCAACUGAGACAGGAGGCCGAGCAGCUCCGGAACCAGAUCCGGGAUGCCCGAAAAGCAUGUGGGGACUCAACACUGACCCAGAUCACAGCUGGGCUGGACCCAGUGGGGAGAAUCCAGAUGAGGACCCGGAGGACCCUCCGUGGGCACCUGGCAAAGAUCUAUGCCAUGCACUGGGGGACCGACUCAAGGCUGCUGGUCAGCGCCUCGCAGGAUGGGAAGCUCAUCAUCUGGGACAGCUACACCACCAACAAGGUCCACGCCAUCCCGCUGCGCUCCUCCUGGGUCAUGACCUGUGCCUAUGCGCCCUCAGGGAACUUUGUGGCCUGUGGGGGGUUGGACAACAUCUGCUCCAUCUACAGCCUCAAGACCCGCGAGGGCAACGUCAGGGUCAGCCGGGAGCUGCCUGGCCACACUGGGUACCUGUCGUGCUGCCGCUUCCUGGAUGACAACCAAAUCAUCACCAGCUCUGGGGAUACCACCUGUGCCCUGUGGGACAUUGAGACAGGCCAGCAGACAGUGGGUUUUGCUGGACACAGUGGGGAUGUAAUGUCCCUGUCCCUGGCCCCGGAUGGCCGCACGUUUGUGUCAGGCGCCUGUGAUGCCUCUAUCAAGCUGUGGGACGUGCGGGAUUCCAUGUGCCGACAGACCUUCAUCGGCCACGAAUCCGACAUCAACGCGGUGGCUUUCUUCCCCAACGGCUAUGCCUUCACCACCGGCUCUGAUGACGCCACGUGCCGCCUCUUCGACCUGCGGGCCGAUCAGGAGCUCCUCAUGUACUCCCAUGACAACAUCAUCUGUGGCAUCACCUCUGUUGCCUUCUCACGCAGCGGCCGGCUGCUGCUCGCUGGCUACGACGACUUCAACUGCAACAUCUGGGAUGCCAUGAAGGGCGACCGUGCAGGGGUCCUCGCUGGCCACGACAACCGUGUGAGCUGCCUUGGGGUCACCGACGAUGGCAUGGCUGUGGCCACUGGCUCCUGGGACUCCUUCCUCAAGAUCUGGAACUAACAGCCCCACCCCCACUGGGCCCAGGCCGGGAGGGGCCCUGUCCACGCCCACACUACAGGCCAGGGCUGAGGGGCUGGGCACACUCCCAGCCCCCUUCCCUGGGCCACGGGGCCUUGGGUCCCUGCCCUCCCACCCAGGUUUGGUUCCUCCCGGGGCCCCCACUGUGGAGAUAAAAAGGGGAUGGAAUGGGGGAAGAGGAGGGGCAGGAGGCCCUCAUCCUUCUGCUGCCCUGGGGUUGGGGCCUCACCCCUCUGGAGGGCCAGAGGCAGGAGGUGGAAACCCCAGGGGCUGGCUUUUUUAAAACUGGUUUUAUUUUAAUUUUUAUUAUAUUUUCAGUUUUUCCAUAAAGGAGCCAAUUCCAACUCUGUA